AUGGGGACGUACUUAGGAAUUCCAAAGGAUAUUAGCGGAUCUAAAUGUAAACUCUUUGCAUUUCUCAAAGACAAACUGAUGAAUAGAGUGAACGGAUGGACGAGUAGAUGGCUCUCCAAAGGAGGAAAUGAAGUUUUGAUUAAAUCCAUUUUGCUAGCUCUUCCGACAUAUGUUAUGUCUACAUUUCUGCUACCGCUGGAGAUAUGUGAAAAUCUCGCAAGUGCCAUUGCACAAUUUUGGUGGAGUUCAAAUCCCCCAAAGAGAGGAAUUCAUUGGGCCAAAUGGGAAAAGAUCUGUUUACCAAGGGAGGAGGGUGGGAUUGGUUUCCGUAUGAUCCAUGAGUUCAACCUGGCUUUACUAGCAAAAAAACUAUGUAGGCUAAUUCAAUACCCUGAUUCGUUAGUGGCUCGCGUGUUAAAGGGAAGGUACUACAACAUGAGUUCUCCUUUGAGAAUAAUCUCUGUAAGCAGCCCAUCCUAUGUGUGGACCAGUAUUUCAGCUGCUCGGAAGCUACUGCUAUUGGUAAUUAGACAUAAGGUACAUUCUGGAUAUGAGGUCAAGGUGUGGGAGGAUCCUUGGAUCCCUACAAUACCAGUUAGACCGGCUCGCCCUACAGCCCCAGUUUUGCAUCCGAAUAUGAGAGUCAGCGAUCUUAUUGAUCAGGAAUCGAAGGAAUGA